AUGAUCCAACAGCACCAAAACCAGUGGCCAGGUCCCAACCCGGAAUUUAGGAAUGCUUUCUCCAAAAACUGGCAGGAGCAUGUGCUCGAAAGCAUUGGCCUGGGCAGAGGGCUCCUUCAAAAUGCCACCCCUGGCUUAAGCGACGUGCCAAAGCCAAAGUCACCGCCAUUUGAAGAAGAAUUUGAUACUCCAUCAGAGGGUGAACCGCGCACAGAAGGCGGUGAACGAGGUGCAUGCAGUGGCCGCAAUCAGCAAGGCUUGGAGCACUUGGACACUUUGGAGAGUUUGGAGCUGCCGGAGCCCGCAGAUCCUGCGUCCCCGGCGCGUGCGCCGCAGCCUUCGCCGGCGGUGACGCCUUUGCCGUCGCCAAUGCUGGAGGUGCCACCAACGCCCACGCCCAGCGAAUCUCCGCGUUCGAAGCCGAUGACUUCGCCCAGGUUCACCCCAGCACUGGGUGGCGCCACGCCCUCCAUGACACCGAUGGCAUCCCCUAUGUGGCAGCCACUGUCAGAAGCAUUGCUACCUACGCCUCAGCCUAAAGCCGAGCCUGGAGGUGCCGUUGCGCCUCCCACGCCCAUGAGCAUCUUUGCAGAGGCUGAGGCUCCCAAAGUUGUCCCAAUGAAGACAGCAGCUCCAAGUCCAAAGCCUUUGGAUGUACCGCUUGAAGACCCAGGUUCUUCUGCUCUUCUAAGACUUUUGUGGCCAUCCCAACAGACAUCGCCAGCAGAGCUGCCCCGAUCUGGUGGUGAAGGAGAUGCUGGAGAAAGCGAGUGUGUGCUGAAGACUCUCUUCCGCAUGCCAGACUUCCGUGACAUUCUUUUGGAAGGUAUUGGUUUGCCCAAAUUUCCCAGCAUGGAGGGCCAGUCUGACUCACGUGGCAAGCGCAAGCAUGACAAGUGCGACCGAAGUGAGGACAUUUUUGGAUCAGAGCCCUAUGCCAAGCGUUACCGGCAAAUUUGGGAGAUUUUACAGCCCCCCUUCAGCGGCUUCAGCACAGAUUUCUCUUCUGUGGCUUGGGCUUCCUCACCGCCAAAGCUUUCGCGUUAUGAGAAGCUGGGUCAAACGGAGUCCAUGGAGUCCGUCUUCGGCCGUGGUGCUGGUGCUGGUGGUGCAGCCAAAGGCACCAGUGUGUCACUUCCUUCCGGUCCGCAUGCUCCUGAGAAACGGAAGCGCUUAGUGCAUAGCGAAAUUACCCGACAUCUUUGGGGAAGAGUUGUUCAACCUUUGAAGAGAAAGGUAAAAUCAAAGCCACAGCGAAUCACUGCAGCAGUCCUGCCACCUUUGAGCAAAAAGAGAUGGUCCGGAAAGGUGCCGCCAACUGCACAGGAACUGUCCUUGAGUUCUGGGCAGCCUUUCGUCCUCUAUGAAUACAUUGAAGAGAAUCCAACCUUAAUGAUGAACGCAGGCAUGGGCCAUGAGGUUCUCAGUCAAGGGGUGGCUGUAAUGGACUGUCCUGUACUUCAAGCUCCCCUUGUCUCUCACAAUAUAAAGGGCAACCGAUUCUUGUUGGUGUGGAACCGAAAUCGCAAUGAGAACCAGAACGGAGACAGAGGAAACGAAGCUGCGGAGUUGCAUGGCCAGUUGCAUUUGCGCCCCUUGUCUUUGGCUUGUGUGGUGGGUCAGGUGGAGCCAAGCCGUUUAGUCCCGGCACCGAGUUCAGAGUCCAAGAACCUGCGUUCCAGCUGUAUCCGUCACAUGCUGCGUGAAGUGCAGCACAGAUGGCAGAAGGACUUCAGUGGAGAACUUGAAGAUGGAGAUGAAAAUCAAAUUCACAAGGCCAUGGCCAAGGAUGUUUCUAAGAGUGUCCUGCAAUGGUUUCCAGAUCAGGGUCCACUUCUGCAGACCGAAUUGAAGGAGCUGAAGAAAGUUGAUCAAACCUGCGAUUUGUGCGAAGCGGUGUGCCUUUUGGAAGCUAUGCGCAGAGGGGAAGAGAGGCUCCAGAUCCUUGGGAUUGACAACCUGUACCAGGCUGAUUCUACCCUCACGAAAGCGCUGCAAGAUUUAGAGCUCUUGGAGCGUCGCAAGAGUGGCAGUGAUAACCUUUGUGCUAACCUCCAAAUUCUGCGAAGCAGGUGGAUUUUAGAACAACUGCAGAUCACCCCAUGGAACUUGUCGAACAGAUAUGCCAGUUUCAUCAAAAAGGGGAGCUUGCUCGCCAUUGCAGGUCCAGGCGAUCCAAGCAAUGGACGCCUGGAAGGAGUCAGCUUCUUGCCUGUUUUGGUGAAGUACACAGCCGAGUGUUUGGCACUUUCAAAGCUAUGUGUUGGAGCUGACCAAGACAUUGCAGCAAGACUCACGCAGCUUGGAGUAAGUGAAGACAGCUUCGAGCCGCUUAGCAGAUGGGAUCGUAUAGCUCUCCUUUGCACCAAACUUGGUGCAGAGUUGGAGAAAAACUCUGAUUGCUUCGUCACUGGUUGGAGCAGAGCAACCCUUCCACUGGCAAAGCAAACGGCUUCUGAGCUCAAGAAGAAACACGGACAACUUCUCCAAGAGGCUUUCCAGCGACAACUCAUGGCUUUAAGUCACCAACUGACCGAGGAUCACUCCACAGGGGCUGGUGAUCAGGCCAAUGAGCUUGAACCAAGCAGAUCAGUCAACCCAGAUGAUGAAGCUGCUCUUAUUGAGGCUUUGGAAGACUCCCCGGAGAAAGAUGGUGGUGCCAAUGCCAUCACAUUCACUCCGCACAGUGAAGGAGAAGAUGACAAGAUGGAGAUGCAACGUUUGAGGAGGCAACUUGGUACGGAUGAAGCACAUGCAGCAUCUGCAGCGUCUGCAGCAUCUACAGCCGCAGCAAUGCCUACGAAACCAGUUGAGAGUGCAGGACCUGCCAAAAAGGAUGCAGCAACUGGAAAAGUGGGAAAAGUGAAAAUGCUGAAAAUCGUCACCAUAUCCUUGAGCAAAACGGGGCAGAUGCAGGAGCGUGUGCUUUAUGUCUUUGGUGAGGAGAACAUUCGUCUUUACCGAGAGAUUCGUGCAGCCAAUGAGACCAUGGGAGCUAUGGCAGCUAUGGGGCCUGGCGGCGGCAUUGGGCCACUGGGUCUUCUGGGGCCUGGAGGCUUGAAGUCGCGUGUGGGCCGUGUGGGCAGUAAUCUUUCCAAAGUGAGUGAACAAAGCAGAUCCACUGCCACUGGUGCCACUGGUGUCACUCGUACCACCGGUCCCACCGGUCCCACCGGUCCCACCGGUCCCACCACCAAUAAGAGAAAAUCAAAACUUAAAGACACCACAGAUGCCAAAGACGCCAGAGAUGACGAUGAGCGUGUCUCAUCUUGCAGCAAGAAGGGCUCUGAAGGUGCCGCUGGCGCCCUCAAAGCCUUGGACCGUGACAACCUGCUGAAGAGACGAAGGUUUCAUGUGAAGUUUUGCUAUGCCCGUCAUGGUGCGGGAUUCCAGCCUCUGCCCUCUGGUGGUGCUUUUGUGAAGAUCUAUGCCCCACAUGCGACGCAAGUCUCUGUGGCAGCAGCAUGGAGUGCUUGGAUUCCAAUGCACAAUCUUUUAAAUACAGGGAACGGGUGGUGGGAACUCAACAUCUCCAGUGAACCUACCAGAGACUACCUUUUCCAAGUCGGAUCUGCCUACAAGAUCUUUAUUGUCUCCGAAAACGGUGAAUCAUACUGGCGGCCUGAUCCAUGGUCUCGCAAGCAAGAUGGAACGCCACUUGGAAACUCCUUGACUUAUUUUGAUGAGAAAUUCCAAUGGUCUGAUGCUGGAUGGUCAAUGCCUGAAUGGAACAAACUAGUGAUCUAUGAACUUCACGUGGGGACCUUUUGCGCAUAUCUUGGUUGGACAGGCAGCGCGACUCUUGAUAUGUGCAUUCAAAAGCUGGACUAUCUUGUGGAUUUGGGCAUCAAUGCCAUAGAACUCUUGCCAGUUGCAGAGUUUGAUGGCAGUGUCGACUGGGGGUACACGACUGCAUAUCCUUUCGCAGUAGAGGAGUCUUAUGGAGGACCAGAUGCUUUCAAGAGAUUUGUGAACGCAUGCCAUCAAAAGGGAAUUGCAGUUCUUCUGGAUGUCGUUUACAACCACCUGGGUCCAAUGGACUUACCGUUAUGGCAAUUCGAUGGAUGGUCCAAGAAUGGCCUUGGUGGGACAUAUUUCUACAACGACGGCCGGGCCGAGACUCCUUGGGCGCACACUCGGCCCAACUACGGAGUGGAAGCGGUUCGGCGCUAUUUGAUUGACAGUGCUCUCUAUUGGCUCAACACCAUGCAUUGUGAUGGACUUCGGGUGGAUGGUGUGAGCUUCAUCCGGCUGUGGGGUGGAACAGAAACCAAUCGAAGUAGUGCGACAUUCAAUCCAGAGGGAGAAUUGUUCUUAAAGGAACUCUCUGCGGCAGUGAGCCAAACUGGAAAGAUCUUGAUCGCCGAAGAUUUGCAGGGAAACAUUUCACUCACAGAGCCACUUGAAGCCAAUGGUUUAGGUUUUCACAGCCAAUGGGACGGUUUAUUUCAUUGGAAGGUGCUGAACAGCUUGAAGCGAUCGGACGAAGGCCGAAAGAUGAGCGAUCUGAAGGAUGCGAUUUUGGCUGAUCUCGGCGGAGGUCUUCGUCGCACGGUCUACGUGGAGAGCCAUGACGAAGCCGGGCGCUUUCGCUUGGCCGUUGCGAUCUCCGGUCGACGAAAUUCCUGGGUUGGAACGCGGCUGGCCGCCAUGGGAACUGCUCUUGUUAUGCUGAGCCCUGGAAUUCCGCUGCUUUUCCAAGGUCAAGAGUUUGCAUUACAGGACCCAUUCUCUGCACAUCAUCCAAUGGAUUGGCUUAAAAAGACAACGCAUCAAGGAACUCUGAAACUGCAUCGAGACUUGAUCGGAUUACGAACAACAAACCAAGGUCUCCUUGGAGGUGACGUCAAUGUCUCUGCAGAUGAGGAGAACAAAGUUUUGACCAUUCACCGGUCUUCAGCGGGAGGCAGCGUUUUUGCCAUCUUCAAUUUCCGAAGACAGGCACUGGCCAAUUACCCUGCAGACUUCCCAGACUUCGAGGAGUGGAAGCUGGUGAUCAACACGGCAGACGCCCAGUACUACAACAGCGCCACCGUCUUUCAGAACGACGACCGCGACACGAAGCGACCGGAUUCUAAGCUGCUCCAGGCCGCGGAUGCACAAGGCAUGUUCUUGCACCCCUACAGCUGCAUGAUCUACACUGGAUAG